UGGCGACGGGCACACUGCACGAUCAACCAAACAGCCAUUUUGCAUUUUAAUUCAAUUCGAUGUCUUUUUUUUCGGCCCCCAACGCAUUGGGCAGGAUAAUAAAUCCAGGAGAAACGGAUAAUCCCUUAGACAUGUCGCGGGAGCCACUAGUGAACGAGGAAAGGCUGGAGACGCUGGUCUACCACCGCUCCAAGCAGUGGUCCAGCCUGAUGAAGAAUUGGACGGAUGGAGACGAAGGGCAGGAGCUGUGUGUCUCUGACCUGGAAGAGAUAUUCAAGGACGAGCAUGAGGAUCCCGAAAUGGAUGACGAGGAGGCCAUUGAGGAUCCCGUUCCGGAGACGAAAGUGGACAUGGCCAACAUUAGUGCCAGCAUGGGUGUGGCGGAACUGACACUUAUUCUGUGCGCGAGCGAGGACAACGAGGCCAAGGCCGAGAUGCAGGAGAUCCUUAACCAGACAAUGCCCGUUGUCCAGGAGCACAAGCGAAAGUGGAAAGAGGCUGGGCUGGACCGCAUUCUGGACACCUUUGACGAGAAGCAAAUUGAGCAGCAUGUGGGACAGUGGAUGCGCCGCAACAACAGUGCUUUUGUGGAGGAGGCCCCUCCUGCCAAGUUCCUGUAUGUGUUAGACCAAGCCUCCAUUUCGGAGGUCAGCGAUAACGAGUCGCUGCACUCCAUCGACACGGCCCGCUACAUUCGGCAAAGCCGGCGGCGCGUGCCCAAGAAGAUCUCCAACACGGCCACCAUUAAGAUGUACCGCACGCACUCCCAUAAGCGGGACGAGCUGCGGGCCAAGUAUGCGUACGACGAUGAGCAGGAGCAUCGACACCACAUGCAGACUCUGCUGCACCGACGGCGGGAGAAGGAGCGACAGGUGACUUACGUCAAUGCAUCACCACAGCACUGCAUGCUCUCGAGCGGCCAUCAUCCGCGGCGCAAGCACAGGCGCAAGCGACACGCCAGCUCGCCAGUCUUUGACUUCUCAUCCAGCGAUGAAGAUGAUCGGUCUUAUGGCCGGUGCGCCUGCCGCUCCUGCAUGUCACAUCACUCGUUGUCCAGGAGUGCAUCCUACCAGUGCUACUCAUAUAGGGGACCCCGAGAUUGCCACCACCACCACCGCUCGGUGGCUUCACGGACUAUGCAUCAUCUGCGCCGCCAGCACACCUUCGACAUCGACAUGGACUUAAGGCCACGUAUGCGGGAGAACGAGUGUAAUUGCUGCACCAGCGACCGGCUUUGCUCCAAUGUAGUGCACAUCGCAAAUAGCUCUACUGAGGAGUGGGUUGUUGAAAACUGCAGUCCCUUGGUUGUGGAGACACCAAAAAAUUACCGGCGGCAGCAAAAGCAGAAACAUCAGUUGGUGGCCAUAACAAAAAGCAACUCGAAAUCAGCUCUGUCCAAGUGUCAUAAGCAGAGAUUACCGAAAAGUUUGAAGACUGUCACCGCUCCCAAGUUGCUCAAGGCACAAGUUAGUCUUCUUGGUGACACAUCUGAUGAUGAAGUUGAGGACUCGCCAAGGAUACGCAAGAUAAAGCCAGUGGCAUCUGCUCCUGUUACUGCAAGAAAGAUUCUCAAAGCGGCUCCUUCAACUUUUAAGCAAAAGCUGAUUCCACCUAAACAGGACAAAGGUCUUAUCAAUUUGAAGAUAAAUCCAGCUGACAUUGUCCAAUCGUCUGACGAAACCGAAGAUGAAGUUCAGAGCUUGGUGGCAAAAAAUUCAAAGAAAGAAUCUGGAUCAGUGAGCUCCUUUGAAAAGAAGACGCCUUCUUCGAACAAACCUAUUUACCGGACCACCAAUCGAUUAUCCAAAAUCCCCGAAGAGGUGACCAGGCCCAAGGAUCCAGAAGAUGAAAAUCCAGCUUCUUCUACUAAAAUCUGUAAAGAGAAAGAAACCUGCUUAGUUGAAAAGGCUUCCUCGAAAGCAUUAGAAACCAACUCUAAGCAGCUCCUGGACGAGCAAAAGACGCAUAAGAAAUUAAUGACAUCGAACCUCGUCCCCGUCGUAUCUUCCGAAAGUAAUGAAUUUGGGACUUCCACCAAAUCUCGAGGAAGACCAAAGAAGAUUGCUACUCUGAACGAAGGACCAAUUGAUCCUAACACAGACAUUGUCCAAUCGUCCGACGAAAGCGAAGAUGAAGUUAAGGGAAGGAGCCGAUUGGUGAGUUUUUCGACAUCAAAACAAUUAAAGGCAACACCUGGGACCGUCAAAGUUGCCGUGGAAUCUUCUCCUCCUAAGAAAGGUGCGACUUCCAGCAAGUCUCGAGGAAGACAAGCAAAAUGUCCUGCUGCUCCGACAAGGAAAAAAAGGACGCCGAUGAAAACCAGCUCCAGCGCUGGUGCAAAGGACAAUGCUGCGAUUCCAUCUCCCGACUCCCAGGAAAUCGUAGCCGAGAAGAUCAAGGCUUCAAAAGCUAAAACUUCUAAUCGAAAGUCAAAGAAAGUGAAAUCAAGCGACUCUGCAAGUCUGGAUAAAGCAACAGACUCGGACGAAUCGGACUUCCAGAGAGCCCUGGCCUUGUCCGCGGAAACGUACAAGGAUGAGCAAUUGAAGCGGGCUGGGGAUUCAGCUACGCCACCAGAAAAUCAGCCUCAGUCGCAGUCACAGUCGCAAUCUCAGCUUAUGUUCAACAAUAACAGCGUGGCCUGCAAUUCCACAGCUUUGGCCAAUGACACGGCCUGUUCACGAGUGCUUUCCCCGUUGAAGUGUGGCUCUAAAAGGGCAGCAGCUGUUAGCAGCACGGAGGCCCAGCGGGCGGAGGUCAUUAACUUGAAUUCAUCGGAAGAAUGUUUGGUGAAAAAGGGCGCCGCCCCAGGUGCCGAUGCGGACUGCACCGUGGUAACAUCCACCACGAUCUGUGAACCUCCUGCUGCCGUUAGUGCUCGCAAGCCACCGCCUCUUAAGAUCAGCAAGCGGGGCAUCCUGCUGCACAACUCGUCCUCGGCUGGUGAAGGCAGCAACUUUACACUGACCGAGCAGAGUCUCGGUGAGGUGAUUGGCGAGCGUUUUGCCCGCAGAUAUCUCAAGUAUCACGUGGGCAGUCGCACCUUUGACAGCAGCCAUUCCGUUUACUAUCGACCCACGGCAAAGUUGGCCGAAGCCUUGAAGGCGGCUUCCAUGGAUACACAGUUGCUCGCUGAUUUAUCGACUUCCGGUUCCAGUGAUGAUGAUGUGUUUGAUCAGAUUCACAAAUACGGGGACGUGUACAGUGUGGCCGAGAACGCCGUUAAGCAUAAGGACUAAGGACUAGGAACUUUGUUGGUCCAAU